AUGUCUCGCUAUCUCAUGCUCGCUACUGCCCUUCUGGCCUCCAACGUCGCUGCCCACGGCUACCUAAAGACCUUCACCCUUGAUGGCACCGACCACGGGGGUUUCAGCCGCUGGAACCCAUCUCCCGACCCCAAGGCCAUCGGAUGGAGUUUCUCUACCGAAGAUGAAGGCCCAGAGUUGGACAUCUCCAGCCCCAACUUUGUCUGCCGCAGCGAUGCUAAGGCUUCCAAGAACUACGGCAAAAUCGCAGCUGGUUCCAAAGCCUCUUUCUUCUGGACCUCCGACGAUAAGCAGAUCAACCCCAAUGGCUGGGCCGAGUCUCACCGUGGCCCUGUUAUCACCUACAUCGCCCCUUGCAACGGCGACUGUGCUUCUGUAGACAAAACGCAGCUGAAGUGGACAAAGAUUGCCGAAGAAGGUGUCGUCUCUGGACCUGCCAACACUGAAGGUGUCUGGGCUACCGACAAGCUUCGCGAGAAUGGUGGUGUCAACUCUGCUACUAUUCCCUCAUCCAUCGCCCCUGGAAAGUACGUCGUUCGCAACGAGAUCAUCGCUCUUCAUCGCGCUCAUCUCUCUGAGCCUGAGUUUUACAUGCAGUGCGGUAACAUUGAGGUUACUGGCUCUGGUAGCGAUGACCUUUCGGGCUCUGGUGUUGUUGCUUCUGAGAUUUACAGCACUUCUGAUUCGCAGCUCUUUGGCUUCUCUGUUUACGAUAACAAGGGCGAUAGCUGGACGAUCCCUGGCCCUGCUCUGUAUGGCAGUGGCCAGGGAAAGCGAUCUAAGAUUGCUUUGAAGUUUCGUGGUUAA